AUGAACAAUAUUAUCUGCUUGGCGAAUUAUAUUCAUAGUUUCAUUGUUGAGGCACGCCAACCGGGUCAGUCCUGGAACAGGGUGUACAUGCGAGCGGCGGAUGGCUACACCUUGCAGGAGAGUGUCGACCAUACAGCUGCGAGUGUAUAUGAAGAGCUGGAAUACCAGAUCUUGCAAGAUGCAAGCCCACAGUUAUGUGGCCUUGUGGAUGGUUGCAAGCAAUGGAUCUGUGGGUAUAUGGACUGGGUGGCGCUGGAUACUAAGCGAUACCAGGCGGCAUAUGCUGUUGGUGAUGCUGAUGAUCGAAAUGUUCUUCACAACCGUCACGUGAGCACUGUUCGCAGUCCCUUCUAG